AUAAGAGGUGUUUCACCGGAUUCUGAUUCACAAUCACACCCCCUUUCACAAUUCCAUCCGAAACAUGAAUCAUGUUGCAAAACAAACAAAACAUUGAGGUUAUGUUUAUUGUUUGCAAAAAUUUUCCAUCCAGUCCAAAAAUAAAGUUUUUUUUUAUGUGAAAUUGCGGGAAAAUAAAAAGAAAAAUGAAUUCAAGGUCUUAUAUAUCCUUCGCUUUGAAUUCACACGAACAAUCAAUCCUUGCGAAUGCCGCGAGAAUUUCCCCACAAGUUAGGGGCCCCACAAUUGGACCAAAUGCCGCAGAUUUGGAUGCUCUCACCGAGGGGCUCAAUGGCAUGGCAAUUGGGGGAAGCACCGGGAAAUCCCCCAAAGAGCAGGAAGAGGAGGAAUCCAAUGACAUUGAGCCAAUGCCAAGAAUCACGACAAACAUCAAGGAGUACAUUGAGGACAUUGCUCGCAUUCGAAAGGUGCAGAGCCUCGAGAAGCAGCGCAAGGAUGCCGUUCAGAAGGAAGUACGUGCACGGCUGAGUCGUCAGCGGAUGCAGCAGAGUGAAUUGGAUGCCAUCUAUGAGGAUGCCCAGAAGAAUUUACAGCGAAAACUCGCUCUUCUGGGUGAAGAAGCAGAACGACGGGUUAAGCAGGCGCUGGAGGAGCAGGAGAAGCUUAAUGAGAUUCAAGAGGAAAAGAUGCGCGAAGCAAUGCUGGCCAAUAGCAAGAGGGUUGACAGUCAGCAAAUGAAGCUGAAGCAAUUCCGGGAGAAGCAGAAGAUGAAUGUGUGCAUUGAGGCACUGCAGAGGGGUCAGGAGAAAUUCGUCAAGUGCUUCGAAACCUUCGCACGGACGCUCAUGAGUAUUGAGAAGGCACAGCUACCCAACUACAUGGCACUCAAUGAGAAAGCCAAGCCCAUGAUGACAACGUACGAGCAGACAAUUAAAUCCAUUGCAGCGGGGAAUAUCACAGAAGGUGCUGUGAAGGUCAUUGAUGGUCUCGUGGAGGAAUUUCAGAAGCUACAGCAGGAGCUUGAGGGGAAGAUUGCAGCGGAUGCCAAGGAAGCGGCAGAGAAGGUGAUCCAACAGGAGGUCCCAAAGGCACCCAAAGAGAAGCCCUCUGUCGAUCAGGUUGACACUGUCCACAAUGUACAGGGACUCAAUCAAUUUAUCAGCCCAGAGGGACAAAAGCAGUACAUAAAGGUGAUGGACUUACUAAUUGGGUACACAAAGGACAUUGAGCCCUUAACAAAGGAUGAAUCACUCAAGAAAUUUCGCUUCAACUGCCAGAAGGCAAUAAAUAUCCCGGUAAAUGCAAUUUCCGGGGUGAGUGCAGCUCAUCUCAAGGAUAAAUAUGACAAAUUAGCUUGCCUCCUAAGCGGUAAUACAGCUCCGUGUGGGGAUGAGCAAAUAAAUGCCGGUGCUCAUCCACUCGGAAAAAAAUUCUGCAUGGUGCUACUGGCGAAAAAGUUUGUAAAUCAGGGUGAUACAAUGGUUGCGAGUAAUCCCAAAGCUGCGUACCCCAUUGCAGCUGUAAUUGUGGCACUCUGGCAGAAAUUCCCUGAUUUUGGUGAUCUCUUUCUGGCACACGCCUACCGGGAAUGUCCGUAUUUAGUGCCGUACUUUAUACCACAAUUUGAGGGGCAAUCUACGGAGGAAUACUACCGCGCAUUGGGCUACAAGACAACCAAUGACACUCAAGAACCACAAGAUAUGUACUUGAAACGCAUGUCCGGUAUUGCACGACUCUAUGCGGCUAUUUUCAUCACAAAACCCCGUAUGGGGGAGACUCAGAGCAAUCCGCAUUGCUUGAAGAAUGGUUGGAUGUGGCUGUGCAAUGUACUCAAUAUGGAUCCUCUGCCCGAUAUUUGUGCCACAGUUCUCCUGGAGGUGCUGCAAAUUGUCGGGGAUGAGAUGAUACGUGUCUACGGUAGGCAGUUUCUGAAGCUGAUCUUUGUUAUUCACAAUCAGUAUUUGCCAAAGCUGAAACUCGUCGAUGAGGGAGGGCCACGCGUGCGUCUUGAAGUUCUCCUAGCCAAAGUCAUGAAGGAGGGCAAAUUUGAUCAACCUGAAGGGGUGCUCCAUCCGAACUUUUGGUGAUUUUCCGGAAUUCUUUUUUGACAAAAAUGUAAAAAUUCACGAUGUUUUCUGUAUUAUAUGUUUAAGCCACGCAAAAUAAAAUUAAUGAAGUUUUUUCUUAA